CCUAGGUCUCUGAUGCCAACUGAAACAAGACCUUUAAUGAUGAUAACAUUGAAUAAGAAAAAUAAAUAUAAACUCAUGCUCACUCUAAAUAUGCUGAAUAAAAAUGGUAAGAUCUAAAUUAACAGUUUUUUCCAAGUCAAAAAUAUUCUGUAAUAUUACUGAAUCAAUUUAGAUACACGAAUCAGCAAAAUACAGUUGUAGCCUAUGGGUUGAAUCAGGUCAAAAUAGCUCUUUAAGGUAACAAUUGCAGGCCAUCACUUUUACAGUUUAAGCUUGAGUGAGCAUGAGUUGUUUAUUAUGUAAUAUAGCUGUGGAAGCUUAAAAUAAUUUUAUUAUUAAUUAUUGUUAUAUAUUGUAUUAUAUCAUAUUACCCUUUAUAUCACUCCAUAUUGUUAUAUAAUCAUUAACCUAUAAAAUAUCAAGUAUUUGUAACAGAAUAUUAACACACUUGUUAACAUAAAAUAUAUAUUUGUAUAUCUGAUAUUAUAUAGCUGUAUUGUUGUUAUCAAUAUUAUAUAUUAUCAGUAUGUAAGGGAUAAUGUACAUCCAGCCGGUUGUUCUCGCAGAAUAAACCCCGACAGGAUGAUCAGGAGUCAGGACCCCAACGCGAAGCAGUCUGGAUGUACAUUAUCCCACUAAUUACAAGUCUACUCGCCACAUAAGUAAAUAAAUGAAUGCAAAAUAUUGAUUUGAAUUGAAAAAUUUAAACGCAAAGCUUCCGUGAAGACAGCAGUUGCGAGCAAGCGGCAAAUUCAAACUAAACGGACAUUUAAGGGGAAACGGUGCAGACAAACCACGUAUUACACAACAUUUCCCCACAAAAUAAUUACGGCAAUAAAAUAAUUAAGACAAAAAUGUUUAAAAACCUUACCAGUUUGUUAGUUCUCUUAUGAGUUAAUCCAGUACAAAACAAUCAUAGCAAAAUGGCUGUGGCUGCGUUUGUAUGAAACGAGAGCGAGUCUGCAAUACCAUGAUGACUUAAUUAAACAAUUGUACAGCAUUUUGAAUCAAUUUUAACAUUUUAUUAGCUAAACUAAUGCAAAGCUUCUUACAAAAAAAAAAAAUAUAGUUCAAGCAAGAGUACAGCGCCGACUGCUGUUACCCGGAUGAGCUGUUUUAUUAUCUUUUACAGGUUAUCCAGGUUGUUAAUAUAUAUUAAAUGCAGAGCACAGAUUCUUGACUUAGCAAAUGUUAAGACUUUACUUUUUACUUUCAUGUUUUAUCAACAGAUGCUUUUAAAAAUGUUAAUUGACCUGAAGACAGUUAUAAUAAUUUCCAGGGUGCUUCCGGGACUAUAGAUUGCAGUGUAUAUUUUUGCUUACACAAUAAAUUCAAGAAAAAAGUUAAAUGUCUAUGUUUUCUUAUUUUGCACGAGUAGGUUGUAAUAAAAGAACUGGUGAUACAUGACAUCAGCCUCUUAAACUGUGGCAUAUUUUGGAUUUACUUUAAUUUGUAGCAAAAAAAUAUUAUGUCAAAGUCUGAGAGACAACAUGUACAGACAGUGGAGUAGUUCUUUCAAGAUUCAGGAUCCAAAACUGCAAAUGAUUUGAAACAGUUACCUCUUAAUAUAAUGGACUGAUUUGAAUGAUUCAGUUUUACUAAGGUGCAGAGGGAAAAUUAUUUUACUAUUUUACAGACGCCUCACGCCUCUAUUAAUUAUUGUACAUUAUGCUUUUUGAAAUUUUUUAUUUAAAAGAGAAAGUUUGUUUUAAGAUGGUUCCUGAUGCUAGAUCCACGUCUAAUUAGCAAUAUAUAUUUUAAAGACUAGUUGUUGUAUUAGUUCUGAAAUAAUAGCUAGUGCUUUCUAAAAAUUGCAGAUUUUAUGCAGAUUUAUUGCAGAUGUUAUCAAAAUGUCAAUAUAAUUUCAAUAGGACUCGCUGCAUAUAAAUAACUAAGCAACACCUAUUCAUGUCCAUUCCAGGGAGAACAUCGAUUAAAAUUAUUAAAUAGGCUAGUAUAAAAAAUUUUUUAGAAAUAAUUUAAAUAAGCUUUGUUCCUUUUUAAGUAUUUCAGAAAUGCAAGCAACUAAAUCUUUAUUUAAAACAAAGCUUAACAGGAAACAGGUAUAAACAGGAAAUCAUGUGUCAGGAGUGAAUCAUUAAUGACGUUAGUGACAAGUGUAACAAAAGAGGAUGUCUCAGCUCAAAAAUUACUCACCUUGUAUAGGAGAGACAAUGGCAGCUACAGUGAAACUAUUUUUUGGUAAGUGCAUUCAAAGCACAUAUGCUUUAUCAGAAUGUUUGUCCUGCAUUCGUUUGUUUUUAAUAAUAAUGAUUUGGAAACAUAGUGUGCCAUUUAAAUUGUACUUAGGAUAUUUAUACUUUGCAUCUCCCAAAUGUGCAGUUUUAGUUGUGGAGGGAAUUCAUGCCAGUCUAAUCUGCACUGUGUCAGUGUACCAGAAUCAGUCCGUUGCUUACAUCAUCUCUGGACCUCUGCCAGCUCCUGGCUGCAUACCCGAAUGGACUGCUGCUAAUACCAUGCUGGUUGAUGAGAAUGGGAAUAUUUACCAUCAAGUGGUUUUGCAUGCUGAACCUCAAAGGAUUCUCACCGUAGGCUGUCAACAUCAUGUUGCAUACCGUCUGGAAUGUUUGGCAAUUAGGGUUUUCUUGGUGGUCAACUGUAACUAUAAGUGUCUCACUGUACCUAUUGCAGUGGUCACAAAAGACUCAGCUGUGGAGGGGCUCCCAGGUACAGGACGGACUCAUGUUGUGUCGUAUGCUGUCAUUGGCAUUGCUGUACUUGGCUUUGUUAUCAUGACAGUCAUUUACAAGUACAGACAUCUAAGGGAAUCUGUUGGUGCGGUUUAACAAACAAAUCGACUCUUUGCAGGACAGAGAAUCUACACUUUAGCCAGUGCUGACAGUUUGGUAUGUUUGGAUCUUUUGAUCCUUCAGAAAUAAGUUUACUCAUAUUGGCAACAGGUGCUAAACUCAACAAGGGAGUGGCACAUAAUCAGCUGGCCUCGGGGGAAAUGAGUAAUGUGACCGUAUGGAGCAACCAAUGGGUCCCACAACAGACAAUCUAUAACUUUUAGCUAUACCCUAGUGAAAAAUAAAUAUACUUAAAUGUAUACUAAAUACAGUUUUAUAUGCUCAAUAAAAAUACUCUGCCAUUGUACUUGUGGUAUACAAAACAUGUAUACUCAAAUUCUGCUACACUGGAACAAAGAUUUUUGUACUGAAUGCACUUCAAUUGUGCAAAAGUAGUUCUGAAGUCCAAGUAAAGAUACAAUGAAGUAUAUUUGAUUGUGGAACUAUAAUAUGUAUGGUUUAGGAAUUACAAAAAAACAAAAAACACAUUUAAAGACUGAUAUUAUUCAAAGACCAUGCAAUCCUUAUCAAUAGUGACCUUAACACAGAUUUUAGGCCUUAUAUCAAGAAAUGUGCCUUGUACACAAGUAGUACUCCAAAUACAUUUUCAUUAUAAUUUUUAUCUCAGUAAGUCUUAAUUGAUAUCAAGUAAAUAUGUUAGUAGAUUUGAACAAUACUUCAUCAGUACAAAUAAACUCAGUAGACAAACUGUUGUAAACUUUUAUGUACUAGUUAGUAAUACAGUUUGCCCAGACUGUUUUUUAACAUUUGAUUUUUGGCAAGCAAUUUCUGCACUUCAGGGCAUUGGUUUUUAUCAUUUUAUUAACUUGACACCUUUUCUGUCUGUAUGGCAUUUGUCUUUUUUUUUCUUCUUCUGUGCAAUAAAUAACUUGUGAAAGUA